UGAAUUAUACUACGGCUACGGGUACUGUGCUGAGUCCUCCGAAAUUCUCCUUUUGAUCAUCAAAUCAAGAUCCUGUUCUGGCAGGACUCAUCAAAUCAAAUCCAGUUUGUGGACUGUUUCACCCCAAUUGGUUGUCCACUGGAAUAUUUUCCCCAACGUAUCUGUUCCACGGUUCCACCGGUGAAGCGGCGAGUCCUAGCGAAUCACUCCGCUCAGCUGGGCGCUGGUCUUCGAUUCGUGGCACCACCGAGCAAGGCCUCGGAUCGGAGUCGGCCGCGGCGGCUCAGGCGGAGCCUGGAGAAGUGAGGACGUCGACCAAACGCAUCUUGAAGUUAGCGCCGACGCCCGCGACGAGGAGGUACUCGGCGGCCGACCACCGGGGAUGGGGACGUCGGAGCUCGCCGGUUUCGCCCGCGCGCACCACGUGGCAUUCUUUGACGCGAUGACCACCGAGCUCCCCGGCGACUACGCCACGCAGGAGGUUAACCACCUCACCCUCGCCUACUUCGCCGUCGCCGGCCUCUCGCUCCUGCGGGAGCUCGAUCGGGUUAACAAGGAUGAAAUUGCCAAAUGGGUUUUGUGUUUUGAAGUUCAUCCUGAGGCAAAUGGUGAUGUAGAUAAUGGGUUGUUUUAUGGAUUCUGUGGUUCUAGAUCAACUCAAUUUCCCUCAGCUAAUGUGAAGGACCCUUGCCACAAUGGCAGUCAUCUUGCAAGCACUUAUUCUGCCCUUGCUAUCCUGAAGAUUGUAGGUUACGAUCUAGCAAAUAUUGAUAGCAAGGCACUUUUGUCAUCAAUGAAAAACCUGCAACAACCAGAUGGAAGCUUUAUGCCUAUUCAUAUUGGUGCGGAAACAGACCUUCGCUUUGUAUACUGUGCUGCUGCAAUCUGCUCAAUGCUAGAUGACUGGUCCGGAAUGGACAAGUUAAAGGCAGAGGAAUACAUUCUUAACUGCCAGACAUAUGAUGGGGGAUUUGGCAUGGUUCCUGGUUCGGAAUCUCAUGGUGGAGGGACUUUUUGUGCUGUUGCAGCUCUCCGUCUAAUGGGCUUCAUUCAAGUUGAUUUGGCAUCAAACUUAAGAGAAUCUGUGUCUAUUGACAUACACAUGCUCCUGGAAUGGUGUCUUCAGAGACAAGUGACUGAUGGAGGAUUCCAAGGGAGAAGAAACAAGCCCAGUGAUACCUGCUAUGCUUUUUGGGUUGGAGGUGUCCUGAAGAUGAUCGGUGCUUACCACUUGAUUGAUCAUUGUGCUCUUCGGGAAUUUUUGCUAACCUGCCAGUCACAUUAUGGAGGCUUUACCAAAUUUCCAUAUGAUGGAAUACCGGACAUCUACCAUUCUUACUACGGCCUGGCUGCCCUUUCCUUGUUGGAAGAGGAAGGGCUCGAACCGCUUCACGUUGAACUGGGGAUCCUCGCUACUGCAUUCUCUGAUGCGCGUGGUGUACUAGUAGAUCUUCAGGACCCCGGUCAGAGUCGCCCUCGGCAUCCUCUUCCUGCUCUCCGCGGCUCUGCAAUGGCGGGCGUCGGCUCGGCGGUGCGGCGGCUCUACCUCUCCGUCUACAACUGGGUCGUCUUCUUCGGAUGGGCGCAGGUGCUGUACUACGCGGUCUUGGCGCUGCUGGAGAGCGGGCAUGAGGCCGUCUACGCCGCCGUCGAGCGGCCGCUGCAGUUCGCGCAGACCGCCGCCAUCAUGGAGAUUCUUCACGGGCUUGUAGGGUUGGUGAGGUCUCCAGUCUCUGCAACACUUCCACAAAUUGGAUCAAGGUUGUUUCUCACGUGGGGCAUCUUGUGGAGUUUUCCUGAGACACAAUCUCAUAUUCUUGUUACUUCAUUGGUCAUAAGCUGGUCCAUCACUGAGAUCAUUAGAUAUUCUUUCUUUGGUAUGAAGGAGGCACUUGGAUUUGCACCUUCCUGGCUCUUGUGGCUUAGGUACAGCACCUUUAUGUUAUUGUAUCCUACUGGUAUCUCUAGUGAGGUUGGCUUAAUCUAUAUUGCCCUGCCUUACAUGAAGGCAUCGGAGAAAUACUGCCUUAGGUUGCCCAACAAAUGGAAUUUCUCCUUUGAUUACUUGUAUGGAUCUCUUCUUGCCAUUGCUGUCUACGUUCCAGGAAGCCCGCACAUGUUCCGUUAUAUGCUCGCCCAGCGGAAGAAGGCCUUGUCGAAGGGCAAAACUGCGUAACACUAAGAGCUUUCUAGACCACAUUGUGUGGUUUUUCAAUGCGCUAAGGGCUCGAGUUUGCUACUGGAACGGGGAAUGUUAGAUCCCGAGGCUCUUUUCAUGAAUUACCCAGUACGUGUUGUACCAAGAAUUGUAUUAGCUUUUUCUCUGGUUAUAUUAUUGAUCCAAAUCGCCCCAACACGGGGAAUUUCCAUGUUGAUUUAUGGCACUGUUUCGAAUGCUAAUUCCUCAUACAUAAUCCUGCUCUGCGGACUGUACUAUGCACUCAGAUUUUGGCAACAAUAUAUGGUUAAUUGGUUA